GUUCAGGGUCUAAACGGGUUCAACAGCCGUGUCUGCAUGUCUCUACCAAUUCCCUCUAUAAAUCGUCUUCUACCGCUCCCGAAUGAAGAUUAACAGGUAUGCCAAAGGAAAAAUAUGAUCCUCCAGAUCCCCGCAGAUGUUACACCAUCAUGCCAGCGGAGGAGGCGGCCAGUGGGAAGAAGUCUUACUGGGCUGAGCUCGAGAUUUCUGGACGGGUGAGGAGUCUGAGCAGCUCGUUAUGGACGCUCACCCACCUGACGGCGCUGCACAUCAACGACAACAACCUGAGCCGCAUCCCGCCAGACAUUGCCAAGCUGCCCAACCUGGUCUACCUGAACCUGUCGUCCAAUAAGCUCCGCAGCCUGCCCGCCGAACUGGGCAACAUGGUCUCUCUCAGGGAAUUGCUUUUAAACAACAAUCUUUUACGAGUUCUGCCUUAUGAACUUGGGAGGCUUUUCCAGUUACAAACCUUGGGGCUUAAAGGAAACCCUUUGUCCCAAGACAUCCUCAAUCUGUACCAGGAGCCGGACGGAACCAGAAAGCUUUUGAACUACAUGCUCGACAAUCUAGCAGUGCACCCAGAGCAGCUCCCCCAAAGACCUUGGAUCACUCUGAAAGAGCGAGACCAAAUGAGUUCCACAGCCGUGUUCACGGUCAUGUGCUACAACGUGCUGUGCGACAAGUACGCCACGCGACAGCUGUACGGCUACUGUCCAUCCUGGGCCCUCAACUGGGAGUACCGGAAGAAAGGCAUCAUGGAGGAAAUCACCAGCUGUGACGCUGACAUCAUCAGCCUGCAGGAGGUGGAGACAGAGCAGUACUACACUAUGUUUCUGGAAACACUAAAGGAGCGUGGCUACGACGGCUACUUCUGCCCAAAGUCUCGUGCCAAACUGGUCUCUGAACAGGAGAGGAAACACGUGGACGGCUGCGCUGUGUUCUUCAAGACCGAGAAGUUUACUUUGGUCCAAAAACACACUGUGGAGUUCAACCAGGUGGCCAUGGCCAACUCUGAGGGCUCAGAGGUCAUGCUGAACAGAGUGAUGACCAAAGACAACAUCGGGGUGGCUGUUCUGCUCGAGGUCAACAAGGACAUGUUCUCCAGUGGCAUGAAGCCAACACAGGAGAGGCAGCUGAUCCUGGUGGCCAACGCCCACAUGCACUGGGACCCUGAGUACUCGGACGUCAAGUUGAUUCAAACCAUGAUGUUCCUGUCGGAGCUGAAGAGCAUCGCUGAAAGGGCCUCGGGCUCCAUGGCGACCGGUUCGCCGACAUCCGACCCGUCCUCCAUCCCCAUCGUCCUGUGUGCUGACCUCAACUCGCUGCCCGACUCCGGUGUGGUGGAAUACCUGAGCAACGGAGGAGUGGCCGAGAACCACAAGGACUUCAAAGAGUUACGCUACAAUGAAUGUCUGACCAACUUCAGCUGCAACGGCAAGAAUGGCAAGAAUGGCAACUCAGAUGGGAGCAUCACACACAGCUUCCAGCUGAAGAGCGCCUACGACAGCAAUCUAAUGCCUUACACCAACUACACAUAUGACUUUAAGGGCGUUAUCGACUACAUCUUCUUCUCCAAGACCCACAUGAGUGUCCUGGGCCUGCUGGGACCGCUGGACAGCCAGUGGCUCAUCGACAACAACAUCACCGGCUGCCCCCACCCCCACGUCCCCUCGGACCACUUCUCCCUGCUGGCCCAGCUGGAGCUGCACCCUCCCCCGCCCCACUCGCUCAACCCCCUCAACGGGCUGCACCUGCCAGUCCACAGGUAGUGGAGCCCGAGAGAGCCCCGCCAACCUUCAAAACACUGUCCUUCCCUCCCCCCCUCCAGCUUUAUACAAGACCCUGUACAGUUUACCAAUCAUGAUAAAACUCAGACACCAUCCGACCUUCCAAUCCUGAGACACACCUUCCCCAAAAGGAGUGAAGUAUUCGCCCGUUUGUUGCUCCUUUUUGUGUUUUUGCACACUGUAAAUGUUUAUUUUAUUACAUUUUUUCUCCCCUUGAAAAGGCUUGAUACCAAAUGUUGGGCUUGGGAUGAGGUUGCUAUGGUAACCCCCAAUGUCAGUUUCUGUUUUUUCUUCUCUUUUUUUUGCCUUACAUAUGAUCAGAACCGCUUGUAGAUUCUGCUCCUACAACAACAAACCUAAUACUAUCAACGUUUUAGUGAUAAACUACACGUCAGCAGAUUAGCUGAAUUAAUUGGGGUUUCUUUUGACAUUUUCAAACAGCUGUGAAAUAAUCUUUAUAGAGUAAAAACACAACAUAAUAUUAAUGCUGCACCACAACAUGUACGUUGUGUUACAGUCGCACUCCCAAAUAAACUGACAGGUGUUUUAACGAAAGGAGUAACACUACAAGGAACGUUUACAAGGAUGUGAAAGGUUUGUUUACAUCAGAUAUUAUUGUAAAUGCAUGUCUAUAUUUUCAAUUAGGAUCAGCCGAAAAACAACAAAAUACUUAGUUCAAUUAAAUAAGGAGGAAAUACCUACAAUUUUUAAUGUGAGAAAGUACCAAGUGGGCGUUUUUAAAAGUAAUGUAACGACAUGAUAACACUAAAUUGUGUUUCAAAUGGGAACUAGAAUAUCAAAUCAUCUCGUGUCACAGCUGUCGGUGAAUCACUACGCAUUGCUAAUACUGAAGGAGUUUUUUCUGUAUCACAUUUUCAUAUAAUUUGGGAUUACGCUGCCUAAACAGGAUGUCAGCUGACGCAUCCUUUUUGCCAGGUAGCAAAUCUCAACCUGAAAGACGCCUCACGUCGCUGCGUGAAUGCUACUGAGCUGCUGCAUUCGCCUCUACGAUUUUUCUUCCAUAAUCCCAGUCUCGUACCUCUUCUUGGUCAUGGCUAAAUAUUUUGCAGAGGUGUCGUGCUCACUGUAGUUUAAAAGAUGCAACUUGGAAUUUUCCUGCAGCACAAUGAAGUUGUAAAACAAUCAGUUCAGGCCAAAUGAGAGCUAAAAUCCUAAAUAUUAAAAAGCAUCACAGCCAAAUAAGCCCCCUGCUCUUUGACUUGCUUCGAAAAAAACAAACAAACUAAAUAUAUAUUUGUUGUUUGUUCAUUGAACAACAAUGCGCUUUAUACUUUUAGCUUUUGAAGUCGUGCUUUCAAACACCUUAGGUCUUAAAAGAGUAUUGUCCCGUUUUCCCUUCACCUGACUGGCCAAAGAAUCUCCCCAGAAUGAGUGACUUAUGAUCUGUCGACCAUAAGAUCAGAGAUAAAAACUUCCUGAGAAGAAUCCACCAAUGAUUGGUGACCAGGAGCCGAAUGUAUUUACCAAAUGCUCACUAUAAAAUCAGUUGUUGGAGCCUCUUAAUGCCAGAUUCCUGUGGACUUUGUAUAUUUGUGUCAGAUGAUUAGAACUAAUAGCCCUUUAUGUAAGUUGUAACUCAGGGCUAUGCUAUGCAUCCAGCAGUACCUCUCAAACCGAAGACUCUCGGAGUCGCGUCGUAAGAGCAAAACCAAACAGGAAGCUACUGGUUUGAAAAUCCUUUAUAAAGCACAGGUAAUGUAUGUACGUACAUACAUAUAUGUUGUUGUUGUUGUAGAAGUCCCACGUCUUGGUGAUUUUUUUAAAAAAUAAAACUGCUGCUGCUGCACUUUUUUUCCAUUCCCAAAAAGAGUAACUUGGGAAGUUUAAAUUAGUGAAAUUUUUGAGUUGUCAGGAGGUGUGAAAAGUGUUCAGAUUAAUUUGGUUCGGACACUUUUUAAAUACAUUUUGUUUAAUUGUAAGACUCAAGUAUCAAUGAUGGGAUAAAUGACUGCAGGGGAAGGACUGGGUGUCAAAACUGACUGCACUUCACUGUGUCUGCUGCACUUGCUGGCCUGGUUACGAUACUUUUCUACACACACAUGCAGGAGAGUCUCGCUUCCCAUAAGAAACGCCGCCACACUAUGUCACAGUUACACGUAACAUCUAAAAGCUGAAGGCUUGGCUGGUGUAAGUCAUGGAAAAUGAGAACUGGGCAAGUUUUCCCUUUGUAUCAAGCACCAAAUAUGUUGAGUUAAUUUGCCUCACUUGACAUUGCACGUCCUUCGAUACAGCUGUUUCGCAUUGCAAUGUUGAUGCUGAAAGGAUGCAUCGUGCAGCCCGAAAUUGACGUAUAUCAACGGCUAAUUUAUGGUAAACAUAUUCUCUGUUAAGUUAUGUUAUGGGAAGGUUAUAAUUAACUGCAUUACAAACCACAACAUUCCAUGAGUUCCAUGAGGAUUUUUCCAGGUAUUCCAUGACUAUGAGAACCCUAUAAAAAAACAGUAUCACUCUUUGAGAGCCACUGGUCUAAACACAAUCAGCUGUACAUCUAUUUUGCCUAAAAUAAGAGUCAAAAAUUGGCAAAAUUUUAAGGUAAAUCAGGAACAAUCUGAGUGAAGAAUUAGCAAAAAACAAAAAACUCCAUAGUUGAUGCAACGGGCACAUUUAGACUGGUACAAAAUAAAACACUGAGGUUUGACACCCAGCCCUUCCUCUGCAGGGGGACUACAGCUGUCUGCACAUGCACUCACAGUGUUUAACAUAUCUGGCACAUUUCACACUGUGGUGUCGAGUAAAUCCUGAUGUUUUAAGAUUAAAUUAGUUAAAUUAGUCAAAGCAUUUGCUUUGUUUAGUAUUUGACAAGAAAAGCCAUAAUUUUCGGGAUAAAUGGUGUCAGCACAACACGGCACCCUGUAACCUCAGCUUUAAACUGCAGUCAGAUCAGUGUAACCAGCCUGGACGGGCAGCAUCUGCUUUGCUUCAUUUGCACAUGAUUUGGCGCUAACGCAUACACCUCCAGUUCUGGUGGAGUUGAUGAAGUCUGUCUUUGUGAGCAUUCUGAGGCCUAUACUUCACUCCUAAACUCACCUCACUGGGUUUUCUGAUUUUGUACAACAAGCUGUACAUAAAUUAAAUUUGCCUUUGAUGACGGGGCGUCUUUCACAUCUGUGAGGGGAAUGUACCAUUCUCCAAUUACGGGGCGUAUUUUUUCUCACAAAUCAAAGAUGUACCUGGUGUUGUACUUUUUUUCUUUGCCCGGUGCACUAAGAUCUCAUAUGUGAAUACCACCUCCACCUGUCUCUGAUACUCUUGUGGAGACAAAACUGGUCUCUGUCCAACUUUGUUUUUGAACUACGGGCAUUUUCUGUCUCUGACGAACAUGCAGUCUUUCAAUUGGUACUUUGUACAAUUCAGUAUUACCAAGUUUUUGAGAAAAAAAGAUAAAUGUUCUAGGUUAAAAAGCAGUUUGUCUUGAUGGCUUUUAUUUCGUCAGUGCACAUCUUAAGUGACCGCCCAAAGCUCCUCACGCUCUGAGAUGAUGCUUAAUCAAAAUUACUUUUGUUUCUGCCUCUUUCUACUCGAUGUUUUCCCAAAAAAAUGUUUUUCCAGAUCCCUUUCACACCCUUUCACCCCACAUCCACAGCCACUUCUUCCACAUUUUUCAUAAUAAUAUCCACCUUUCAUUACCUAUAAGCAUUUGCCCUGUUAAUUUUGUCUCUGUAGAGCGCACCUUGCAUACUUUUUCUACAAACAACGUGCCUAGUUUGUACAAUUUCUCCAACAGCAGCACUGCCCAUGAGACCAAGACACUCAGAGAUUAACCCAGCGCCAUCAUCCAGCCAUCCAUUCAUCCAUCCAUCAAUUCAUCCCUCCAGUCCUUCCUGAACCAACUCCUGGGGAUGAAAUCACAAGGAAUCACUGCUCACCUCAGACUGGUUUCUGUUUUUUUUUUUUUUUGUUUGUUUGUUUGUUUUUUAAAUCAAACAGCUCUUUUGUAUCCAUAACAUCAAGGACAAAUCAUUUCUACCAGAUAUCUAAGAUGCACACUCUCACUUGUUAUUGCAGUUUUUCUCUACAAAGAGUUUGCUGUAAACUUCACAGGAUUAUCACGAUGAUCAUCGCAUGUGAUUUCUGAAUGUAAAAAUCCUGUUGUUGAAUAUCUGGCCAUGGUUUAUUUUUUUAAGUUAAUUCAGGCUGAUUUUACAAAUGCGCUACAUGAGAUUUUUGGUGGCAUGAGGAUUAUCUGUUAAAGCAUUUAGCAUUCGGAUGAAGGGUUUGUUGUUUUUUUAAUCAGCUUUUACAUGUCAAAUUUGACGCCUCCAACUAGGCCAGGCCGCUGCGUCCAAACUGGGAAACAUGAACUUAAAGGAUGCCGCAUAAAUGUUUUAUUCUCAGUGUAUUAACCUGUAAAUUAUACUGUGGAAUAUGAAUUCAGAAACACACCAAAUAAGUGUGAUAAAAAUGAGGUGAUGCACAUUUGAGCAGAGUCGAUACAACCUUUAAAAUGCAUGGUGUGUCGUCAAAAUUCAAGUAAAUCAUCUUUGUUAAAUUACAAAACUAAACAGGUUAAUUCACUGUUUAAAUUUUUGGAAUGAGGCCAUUAGAAAACAAAAGAUUUGGACUAUAAAGGGGAACGUCAGCAACUUCAGUGUCAAAACACCUUGAAAAGUCUUCGCCGUCACUUUAUUUGACAGUUAAGAAAACAACUUUCUUUGACUGUCCUUCCUUCAAACUUACAAUUGCCACCUGUCGAUUCCAGGAGUGAUCAGAAAAAGGAAUGCAAGGCUGUUUUUUCUUUAAACAAACUAUUUCCUUGGAGCAUUCUUAGGAAAAGUAUUUUAAAGUUGCUGCCUUUCAGCAACUUAAAGCAAAUUUUAUUCAUGUGAAGCCACCAGCAGUCACCAACGACGGUGCUACAUUAUUUCUCGAGGAUUUUUAAAGAGCUCCACUCAAACCUGUUCUAUGUAACAACAGAGUUAAGUUUCUGUUAUCAGAUUCAUGACAAGCAGCUCUUCACCAGAUUGGUUUUCAGUCCAACCAGCCUCCACCAAGAGGAAGCUCUCAGUGAGGGUUUGGUUGGAAGGAAAACUUGCAGCUUUGUGGUGGAGAGCUGCCAAACUUAGACGAAGCAGGUUGUGGAAGCCAAAGUGUGCGUCGUGUCUGACAAGUAAAUGUCAAGAACUGCACAACUGCAGCGACACAAGUUACUGUUCGCCUGCGAGGACGAGUGGAAGUUUGUCUAACGUAGGUGGCAGUGCUGACUUUGUGGUUUUCCUCUGACAAAAAAAUACAGAUCUAUCCUUUGUAGAAGUUCUCCUUACUUUUGUUUUGAAAAUUAAAGCUGCACACUGCAGAUGGAAAGUCAGGAUUUGUCUCUUAAGUCAUGAAGGCCCAGUGGAAUCUGAAUCCCCCAGAAAAAGACUUAAAAUCAGUGAAAGGCACCAAAUUACCUCAUUAGUUUCUUUCUUACAAGAUAUAUCACAGCCUUACUAAAACUGGUGACAUAUAUAGAACUUAGAAAUAAGAAUAUCUGCAGCACCUUUCAUCAAUUUUGGAUGAAGAUCUCCUGUUCUAAUUUGGGGAUUUUUUAUGCUUUCAUAAACUUUACAAGAUUACAUUCUCCUCUGUGAAUUGACACAUUUCUUCUUAAAUCAUAAUAAACGUAUUAUUUAUGUUGCACUUUUCUCAAAGGAAAACCCUGAUCGUACACAUAAGGUUAAGUUUUCCUGUUUGGAGGAGUACUACUACAUUUAAAAGUUUUAAAAAAUAACCCUGAUUAUGCAAUAGGGAUGUCAUCAGGGUUUAUCCAAGCUUGCGAUUAGAGACUUAAAAUUAUUAAUGGAGAUGCGUAGGAUUUGAAAGGAGAAGGAAUUUAGAGAGCAGUAUGGAAACUUUAGGAUGCAGUGUUUUUGCAGUUUGACCCAAACUAUGGACUGAAAUUCAGGAUGUCUAAUCUCGCAGUUGAGAUUGUGACCAUCCUUUUUGUGAAAUCACUGGUGUACGUACACUGUUUGCCAAAGUCAUAAAGUGUUUUGCAAGGAAAAGACAAAGACAAACAAUGCAAAUAUAAACAUAAUGUGACAUACUGGCUUUUUUCAGACUGCAAGCAAACCAGAUUUUUCUCUCAAACCAGAUCUUUAAGACAGACUGUUCAUACUGUUAUCUGCAAGUGAUCGGAUCAGAUUUGUGUGUCCAGAUAUCAGUAACCUAUCUGCAUGGGUUACUGUGGUCACAACAUAGGCAUCAGUACUAUGUAGGUAGUGAUGCUGUAGGUACGUAGGUCAGUACUAACAAGGAAGCAUGAGAAAUGGAGGUCCAUUAUUUGGCCCUCCGAGCAAUCGUCAAGUUGUGGUGCAGAACUCUUCCAUAGUGCUAUGCAAGCAAAUUGGAUUCUGCUCAGCACUUCCUUCGCUCUGGAUUUGAUGUUGUUGCGUUGCGAGUGAAACAAAAGACACUUUGAAAUCUGAUUUGAGCGGCCAGGCUGUGACACAUCUGUAAAAACCUGAUUGGAAUUGCAUUUCAGACAAUCUGAUAUGUAGUUUAGAUUGGAUUUGCUGUCCAGACUAUCAAAAAUCAAUCUGGAUAUUCUAAAAAACAGAAAUAGGCUGGCAGUCUGAACACAGCCUUUUUUCAGGAAUGAUAAAAUUAGGUCCCCAAAAAGCUGACAUUUGGGUUACAGCGGAGGUUUUCAUCCAAAAAACAAAGUGAUGGUCGAACAUUUUGUGAACCUCACUGGCUCCUGGGGGAAGCCACUUAUUUUGUCUCAACAUAUUGACAUGACUGGAGGACCUCUACAAAGGCUACAGCUGUAUUUAGUAUGUAAAGCUGUUACACCUCAGUUGAAACCAAACAUGCUCAACAGCACUUGUAUCAUCUCUCCACACACAGCCCCGACUCUCUCCACCUCCUGUAGGCAAUAAACAUGUCAUUUUUUUGAAAGA